AUGACUACCGAAAUUGUUCCUCACUCGAAAGCUCACGGAAUUGAUUUCCUUGGUACUAACGACUACUACUACAUCGUCCGCUCAGAUAUCGGUGUCUAUUUGAAAUCAAGCAACUUUCAUGGAGGUUCUGACAUUGAGAUUUUUGACCUGCAUCUUUCCUGCCAAAAUGGAGAGCAUUACCUUGCAAGCGUAGAAGGUUAUUUCUACAUCAUCAAAGGCGACAGCUACCGUAGAGUACGGAACAUGAAGGCGGACACAGAUGCUCAAGUGUUUCCCCUCCAUCCCAACUGUCGCGGCGGAGAUAACUACUAUUCAGUUAAUGAAUCUUUCUACAUCGUGUUCCAGGAUAGAGGUGUCUACCGGACAACUACAAACAUGAAAGAAGACCACGACGGGCAAGAGUUUCCCAUCCACGAAAACUGCAAAAACGGUCUCUACUACUGGGGUAGGGACGAGUACGUGUACAUUUUGGAGCCAGUUCGUAAUUGGGGUGUCGAGUACCGCAGGGCGACCAAUUUGAAAGACGAUUCAAACGGUAAAUUAUACUCUAUGCACAGGUCUGUUGUCGACUUCUUGCCUGGUGGAUUGGCAAUCACUCAAGGAAGCACUUUUGCAAAAUGGGAGCAAAUUAAAUCCAUCGCAAACGAUUCAGACGUCGAGGUUCAUUGGUCCAAAGAAAUUUCACACCUGAAAGGAGUGAAGAGGUCUGAAUUGUCAACAAUCGAGCACAACUGGAAAAUUCAACCCACGGUUUCUGGCAGCGCUGGGAAUCUUGCCGGAGCUUUUGCCCGGGCACAGUUUGCUUUGCAACUAGAAUACGGAGGAAAGAAAGUGAACACAAAAAACGAAAGUUGGGAAGACGUAAAGGAGGUUAAAGAGAAGAUUGAGUUCAAAUUAGAUCCUCAUCAGCAAGUGUGGAUAUGGCAGUAUCUGGUAGGUCUCGGAAAAGAAGAUAUUCUGUUUUGUCGUGAUAUUGAGGCAACAAACACUAAUGAGCCUCCAACCGAUGACCCGCUGCCGCUUGCAAACUAAACAAUAACUUUCGAAAUUUUGCAAACCACCAAAACGCGCAAAGUUUAUUAUAAACGUUGGUAAUUCAUUUAUGUAUACAUUUCGAUAAACAAUUUCUGUUGAAUCUAUAACAUUAGGUAUUCAAUUUACGGACACGUAGAAUAAAUAGCGAAAAGGAUUGACCAUCCAAGUGUAGCUAUUUAGAAUUUUAGCCAACUUUUUGUAACUAAGCAUGUAAUGAGAUUGGAUACUAAUAAAAGUGAC